AUGGCGCCUGGUAUUCAGUCAGCAACUCUCCCCGACUCGACAACCCUACCACAGAAGAAAGCCGGUCUCAAUUCGGAGACCUCAAAGGACCAAUAUGGCCACUACUAUCCUGCGGACCCAGCAACCUUAAAUCUGGAAUCAAAUUUUGGUCCAAUGGACCCAGAUUCCAUCGAUUACCUGCAGCCUACCUCCGCAGACACGCCCCUUGAAGUCAUGCAUGAACGCUUCGAGCGUGACGGAUAUCUCCACGUCAAAGGCCUCCUCCCCAAAGACCCCGUCCUCGCCUGCCGCGCCGCCUACUUCACGCACAUGUCCCCCUCCGGCCUCCUGCGGCCCGGCACCUCCCCCGUCGACGGCACGUACUCCGGCCUCGACCCGCGCAAAUACCUGCCGCCGGGCAACCUGCGGCGGCUGUUCGGCCUGCAAGACGACGCGCAGAGCGACGCCUACGUCUCGCUCAUGAUCUCCGCGCACGAGGCCGACUUCUACGUGCGCUUCUGCCAGAUCCCGGAGCUGCGCGCCUUCGUCGCGCGCUUCACGGGGUGGCGCGAUCCGCCGCAGAUGCUGCAGCGCACGAUGCUGCGCGCCUUCGUGCCCGACAGCGAGCUGACCCCCGUCCACUUCGACCAGAUGUACCUGCGCGCGGGCCCGCCGACCAGCUUGACCGCCUGGGUGCCCAUCGGCCCCGUGUCGCUCGAGGGCGGCGGGUUGAUGUAUUUGGAGGGGUCGACGGAUAUCGGGAUGCGGACGGAGGCGGAGUUCGCGGCGAAGGCGGGGAAUCUGACGGAUGAGGAGAGGGUGAGUGCGUUCAAUAAGAAUAUGAAUGACGGUGGGUUUUUGAGUAGGGAUACGGUGGAGUACGGGAAGAAGGAGAGGAGGAAGUGGCUGAUUGCCGAGUAUGAGACGGGCGAUGUCAUCUUUCAUAACCCGUGGAUGGUGCAUGCGAGUUGCAAGAAUAAGGAUCCGGAUGGUAGGAUCAGGCUGGCGACGGAUUUGCGGUUUGUGGAUCCCGAGAAACCGUACGACAAGCGUUGGAUGAAGGUCUAUCGGCCUUUGGAUGGAUUGUAG